GUAGGUGGGUGGGGGUUGGCUACUGCCUACCUGCGCCGGCCUGUCCUGUAGUCAAUGUGAUUGUUGACCAACGGAUGCCCAGCCCCAGUCUUGUGUGUGUCGUCCAGGCGAGGCGAGAUUCCUGGUGCUUUCAAUUCAAUUGAUUUUCAUAUAUUCAUCAUCGUCAACAUCCACACCACAAUCCUCACUCCCAUCGUCCUUGUUGUUGCGCUGCGUUUCUUUGCUUCUGUUCUUCCUACCAGAUCAGGUCCAGAGGAGAGACGACGAAUAUGACUGAAAAGCUUCACGCCUUUGAGGAGGUCGCCAAGCACAGCACCAAGACCGAUUGCUGGCUUAUCAUCUCUGGCAAGGUCUAUGAUGUGACACCGUUUCUGGACGACCAUCCCGGAGGCGAUGAUGUAUUGGUAACAUCAUCAGGGAAGGAUGCGACGAUUGAUUUUGAAGACGUUGGGCAUAGUGAUGAAGCAAGAGACAAGAUGAAAGAAUUCUACGUCGGGGAGAUUGAUGAAUCCACUCUUCCUAAAAAAGACUCGUACAAACCUCAACCGGCUGCCGCUUCUGCCCGCGCAAAUCAAGAAUCUGAUUCAUCCAAGUUUCUCCUCUAUGCCCUGCCUCUUUUGGUCUUGGGAAUAGCUUUUAUUCUGCGUUUGUACACCAAAAAAGAGUAAGUUGGACAGGGGUGAUAUUUGUGUUUGGUUAUAGGAAAAAAUAAUAAUUGACGGGGACCAGUGGAGAUGCUCACGUAUUUCCAGAUCCCCCUUGUCCUGUACUAGGCUAUGGACACCAACAGCUUCUGGAGUUUACUACUGUCUACUGUAGGGCGCACACACACACAGAGUCAUAUAUAUAUAUAUAUAUGUAUGUAUACCUAUUAUUGUUGGGUUUUAUGAUCUAUAUUAUUAUUGUCUGUCGAUUGAGUUAA